GUUGCUCCCUCCCUUGCCUCCGUAGCCUCCGGAUAAGCUCCGGACCCCGUGUGGUUACAAAAAAUGGAUGGAUGGGUGUUUUAUUAUGCCAUUUCAUUCGUAACAGAUAAGGUUAUCAGAAACAGCUUGAACAAAUGUCGGCUAAAAUAAUUAUGCAGUCAUGAACCAAGAUAAAAAUAGUAGUUGCACACACUGGUGUGAUUGUAUUAACGGUCAUUUGAGAAUUAUCUGAGGCUGUAAAUGUUUGAAACGGAAUACGCACAACCUGCAGGUUAUUGGCUCCCUCGUGUGAAUAAAGAGAAUCAGGAACCUAGAGGGAACCCAGGCGAGUUCAAGAAGCCGACGGGAAUGAUGGGUCCCCAGCGAGUGUUGCGGUACCCGGCCAUGGCAGCCGGUGAAAAGGAUCCUGGCGUUGUGGUAUCGACCUCUGCUACUGGUACAAACCAAAACAUAAAGUUUUCUAUUAAGAACUUUGACAUUGGCCGGCCACUGGGUAAGGGAAAGUUUGGGAAUGUUUAUUUGGCUCGCGAGCGCAAGCUGAACUUCAUUGUGGCGCUGAAGGUUCUGUUCAAGUCCCAGAUUGAGAAGGAGGGGGUGGAGCAUCAGCUCCGGCGGGAGAUUGAGAUCCAGUCCCACCUCAGACACCCCAACAUCCUACGCUUCUAUAACUACUUCCAUGACCGAACACGGGUGUUCUUGAUUCUGGAGUAUGCCCCAAGGGGCGAGAUGUACAAGGAGCUGCAGCGGUGCGGUCGCUUCGACGACCAGCGCACUGCUACGUACAUGGAGGAGUUGUCCGAUGCACUACAAUAUUGCCAUGAGCGGAAGGUCAUUCAUCGGGACAUCAAGCCUGAAAAUCUCCUGCUCGGUUUUCGUGGGGAGCUAAAGAUUGCCGAUUUCGGUUGGUCGGUCCACGCACCAUCCCUGCGGCGGCGAACAAUGUGUGGAACGCUGGACUACCUUCCGCCAGAGAUGAUUGAGGGGCACACCCAUAAUGAGAAGGUGGACCUGUGGUGCAUCGGCGUGCUCUGUUACGAGUGCUUGGUGGGCAAUCCCCCCUUUGAGACCUCCAGCCACACGGACACCUACAGACGCAUCACCAAGGUGGACCUGAAGUUCCCCAAGGUGAUUUCAGACGGAGCCCGGGACCUGAUCUCCAAGCUGCUGCGCCACAGCCCCUCUGCACGACUCUCAUUGCAAGGCGUCAUGAACCACCCCUGGGUCCGGGCCAACUCCCGCAGAGUCCUCCCCCCUGUUUACACACCCAAAAAGGCCUAGGCUGUAUAUGGUGUAGGCCCUAUGCCCUGUACUCUGCUGGAAGCAAUGCUGUUUAGCUGUUUAAUCUCAAACUUCAGUCUGGUGUCCUACUGAUUUUCAUUGCAGCUCAGUGCCUAAUUUUCCUUUAUUGCAAUGUUGUUGGAAUAUAAACCAUUGCAUAAAAUUUAUUGAUAAACCAAAACUACAACCGAGUCCCUAAUAUUCUGGGGGUUUUUUUUAUAUAUAUUUUUUUUGUAUAUUAAUCAGGGACUGGCAUGGAAUUGGAGGGGUAGAGAUUUUUUUGCCUUUUAAACACAUUGUACAAAUGUUUUGUCAAUAAUUGGUUACAUAAUUGUUUUAGCUAGUCAAUAUUUAAAGGGUUGGUUAAGUUAAUUGGUAAAUGAUUGUACAAAAGGGUAAAGUGUAAACCGAUUAAUUUAACCAGUUCGUUGACUAAUUUUAAAUUAGGCAGGAAUAUUUGGCAUGCUGAUUUUAGUUACGUAGAAGGAACGGUCCCCUGUAUUUGUGGUUAAAUCAGCAGUUUGAUAUGUUAUUUAGGAGUUCAGUUGGCAGUGAAACCAAUAUUCAAAGUGGUGCGGCGGGUACUAUGCUUCGAAAAACAAGAAAAUGUGCAAAGGAACAAUCUAGGGAAGUUGUGUUGUAAGCGGUAAUAACUUUUCAUAUAUAUAUUUCACAAUAAAUACGUAUUCAUGUGUCUAGUAUGUAAAGCUUGUAAAUAUACAAUUAAUGUGGUUGUAUGUCAGUUUAACGUUUUAUACAUACUUAAAAUAAACUGCCACGUGUCAAGAAA